CUAACUAUAUAUAUACCUCGCCUUAGGAUACUAGCUUCCCAGCACAGCCAAUAUGACUUCCCCUCCACUCCCAUUCUACCUUCUCAACGCCUUCGCCCCAACUUUCCAUUCAGGCAAUCAAGCGGCUGUCGUCUUCUUUGACUCGGCUUCCCAUCCUCAGUCAACUGAUGAACAGUUCAUGACAUUAGUGGCUAGGGAUUUCAACUUUGCUGAAACGGCUUAUCUUAUCCCACUCGAAGGCAAUGGUGAGGGCUGCGUUGGCAAGUAUGGCUUGAGGUGGUUUACUCCCGAAGAAGAGGUAGCACUUUGCGGACAUGCCACAUUGGCAGCAUCUCAGGCGGUCUUCUCUAUCAAUCCUGAUUUUGAAACCAUCGAAUUUACCACCCGCUUCUCCGGCGUUCUUACCGCAAGGAAGAUCGAAAGCAAGCAAGUAGAGAUCACCCUUCCCUCAUUACCCAAGAAUGUCCUCGAAGCUUUUGACGGAAAGUCUUCCAAAGAAGAUCUCAGGAAGGUGAGCAGUGUCUUUGGAGUAAAGGAGGAAGAGAUUGUUGCUGUUUCACCGUUCGCUUUCGGCACGAGAAGCUCCGUUAUUGUUUCUCUGGCUCCCGAAGUUGACUUGGCAAAAGUAGAAGCUUCAGAAGCUAAUUUGCUGGCCUUUUCCGACGGCAUGAUCAUCGUUACUCAAGUUGCAAGGGAGCAACCAGACGAUCAAUUGCAUAUCAAUUCCAGAGUUUUUGCUCCGGGACUUGGCGUCAUAGAGGAUCCUGUGACCGGAUCCGCCCAUGCCUAUCUCACUGGGUACUACGUAAAUUCACCAUUGACUGCCAAGCUUCUCCCGAAAAAGUUUGCCGACAGCCCGCUCACGACUGUACUCAAUGGGACACAGUUGAGCAAAAGAGGAGGAAGACUCAUUUGUACAUGGGACGACUGUAAAAUAAAACUUGUAGGAAAAGCUUGGGAAUUUGGUAGAGGUACUCUCAGCACACCUCAAACGUAGCUAUGACGGCAGAAGCUUGAUGUGGAUGCAUACAGUAAUA